UGACGACGACCUCGCCCAGUACCUGCUACAGCUGGUCCAGGCCCUCAAGUUCGAGACCCACCUGUGCUGCCCCCUGGCGGAGUUCCUGCUACGGAGAGCCCUCAAGAACCAGCACAUGGGUCAUAAACUCUUCUGGCUGCUGAAGUGGUCCUGUCGUAUAUCUGAUCUGCGCCAGGAUAUGCUGACCUUGCAGAUCUUACAAGUCAUGGACAACUUGUGGCAGGCGGAGGGGCUGGACUUCAGAAUGAACCCGUACAUGUGUAUGGCCACAGACCUGGAGCAGGGCAUGAUCGAGGUGGUCUCGCCCGCAGACACCAUGGCCAACAUCCAGCGCUGGUUCAAGAAGACGGCCUUCGACAAACGGGCGCUGUUUGAGUGGCUCAAGAUGAAACACAAGUCUCCCGAGCAUCUGGACGCGGCGGUGGAAGAGUUCCUGAUGUCCUGUGCCGGCUACUGCGUGGCCACGUACGUCAUCGGUGUGGGCGACCGCCACAACGACAACAUCAUGAUGAAGUCUUCCGGUCAGAUGUUCCACAUCGACUUUGGCCACUUCCUGGGCAACUUUAAGAGCAAGUUCCACGUGAAGCGAGAGCGCGUGCCCUUUGUCCUCACCUCCCACUUUGUCUACGUCAUCACCAAGGGCGACACUGAGAGAGGAAAUUUUGACAG